GUCUCUCAAAGACAUCACUCAAUCUGUCACUCAAUUUGAUUAUUAUCUCCGAAAUAAUAAUUGCAUUUUUAUUAUCAAUAUUUGUGUCCACAAGUUGUGUGUGUUUUGUGUCCGCGAAGUGUUUGUCGACCAAAUGUUUGCCUCAAUUCAGUAGACAAUAGGCUCGCGAAGAAGGCCUACCGAAGACACGUUACGCCAAACAUAAAGGCCACACAAUAUGGACGCCAAACAAUGGUCACAACGGCUGGCGCUGAUGGCCAUCGUGUCGACAAUGGCUUCUGUGAGCGGUCAGAGCGCUGGUCCCACACCUCUGCUGUCGUCGGUCGACGAGUCCGAGUGGCAGGACUUUACUCACGAGUUCACGUGUCCGGACAAUAUGUGUUCAGCUGAGGCUCUCGACGAAGACAUGCCGCCCGACGCCAUACUAUCGAUGCCACCGCCGCCACUGCCGCCCGCAAUGCACGCACUUCUUGUGUCCAAUCGGACGGCGAUCGCCGAUGACUGCAAUCUGUGUCACAUAUUCAAAGACCCAUCCGAUUACGACUUCUCCACAGUCACCACACCUGAUCUGAAGGACGCCGACUCGUGGCUGUCGGUGAUUGUGGUCACAAUACUCGGCUCAACGCUCUUCUGUAUACUAUUCCUCAUUGUUCUCUUCCGAUGCAAAAAUUGGAAGAUAUUCCCGGUCAGCGACUCGUGCCCUAUACUGCCGGAGAGUUUUUUAGGCGGUCAUAAGUCGGCGCCGCCUCCCUGUUCGCCGACCGACUCGUGCAUAUCGCCAGUGGUUAACGAGAAGUCGCCGCAGAGUGUGAUAACCGAUGCGCCGACCAAAAAGACAUGCAUAUCGAGUAAAUACUGGAAACGCGGCCCAAACGGCGACCCCAACAGCCCCGACGGCUACGGCGGCGGUCCCUGCGAUCGUAUGGGCGGCACAGAUGUGAGCGCCGAUUUUGACCCGUAUAGCGACGCCGCCAGCUGUACGUCGAGCCCGGUGUACGCAGAACUGGAUCCGGCGGGUGUGACACACGCUCUGUCCACCGGCCCGACACAAAUCAUACUCAAUGGGCCGGCGAUCAAUCCGUACGCCGUUUGCAACACUUACAGCGAAGUGGCGGACGCCGUGCGUAUGGCAGCGCUCGGCUCGUCGUCGGCCGCUCUCCUGCCGGACGCCUCCUAUGAUAACGCGGCGUAUUUGGACCCAAACCAUCCGCAGCACCACAUCUAUCAGUCGCGAUCGUUGCGUCGGGCGGCGCACAGAGCGGCCACUCUCGGCCAGUUGGGUAGCGCCACACCGUUGCUGCGCUCCCAUUACGCGCUGUCCAACGCGUCGCCCCAACAACUCAAUUACCUGACUGGCGGUCGCCCCCAGAAGAAGCCCCGGCCGUCGCAUUCGUCGGGUUCGCGCACUACACGGGCUCUUCACGACGAGAUGCAGUCGACACGCUUUGAGCGCCAACACGGCCUCUACACCGACCUUCCGGUCCAUUCGCCCACACUCUCAACGUUUAGGACAGCCCGACAUAUGGUCAGAGAGCCGAAGCGACCGCUUCCACCCGUUCCCGGUGUCAGGCUUUAGGUGAAGAGCGCACCUGAAGGGCCUGUUGUGUCAAAUCGAUUGCCAAACCUUUACUUUAAUUAUAAUAUUUAUUUUCUCGAUUCCGGCUCUCAUUUAUGAUAAGGUUUUACUUAUUUUUUGUUGUUUUUGUUUAUUAGAAAUGUUUUUCAUUUAAGAUAUUUUUAUAUUAAUUUGUGUCCAGACUUUGACUCUCGGAUGUAAUGUUUUACUCAAUCAAUUGAGACAUUUGUUUAUCAGUAUUAUAAAUGUCUGUCUUCUCUCUCAAUGUAUA